UCCAUUCACACACUUUUGCCGCUUUUGCAGCAACCCGACUUGCACUUUCCAUUUCACACCUCCUGCGUGCUCCUCCUUUCCCAUUGGCUGCGAUCGUAUAAAAGGGCUAAGAACUCUCUCCCAAGAUGCACAACAUCUAAUUCAACAAGCAACAAUGGCUGAAGAAGUGAGCAACAAGCAGGUUGUAUUGAAGAACUAUGUCUCAGGGUAUCCUAAGGAGUCCGAUAUGCAAAUUGUCACUUCUUCUAUAAAGCUCCACAUCCCACCGGACACGCAAAAUGCAGUUUUGGUCAAGAAUCUUUACUUGUCUUGUGAUCCUUAUAUGCGAGGCCGCAUGGCCGAGAACGGUGCCGCUUCUUAUCUUUCUUCCUUCCAGCCAGGAGAGCCUCUUAGUGGAUAUGGUGCGGUCAAAAUUCUGGAUUCUACUCAUCCAAAUUACAAGAAAGGAGACCUUGCUUGGGGUUUUACUGGAUGGGAAGAGUACACUCUUCAAGUGUCACCGCAGCUUUUAAUUAGAAUUGAACAAACUGAUCUGCCCCUUUCCUAUUAUACUGGAAUUCUAGGCAUGACUGGUUUGACUGCCUAUGCCGGUUUCUAUGAGGUUUGCUCUCCUAAGAAGGGAGAAUAUGUAUAUGUAUCAGCAGCAUCUGGUGCAGUUGGUCAGCUUGUUGGACAAUUGGCAAAAUUAUUCGGUUGUUAUGUUGUUGGAAGUGCUGGAUCAAAAGAAAAGGUUGAUCUGCUGAAGAACAAGUUCGGGUUUGAUGAGGCUUUCAACUACAAGGAAGAGCCAGAUUUAGAUGCAGCUCUUAAAAGGUAUUUCCCUGAAGGCGUAGAUAUUUACUUUGAAAAUGUAGGGGGAAAAAUGCUUGAUGCAGUACUUCCCAACAUGAGGAUCCGUGGUCGCAUUGCUGUGUGUGGAAUGAUCUCCCAGUACAAUCUUGACAAGCCUGAAGGUGUACACAACCUCCCAAAUAUUAUUUGGAAAAGACUUCGCCUAGAAGGAUUCAUUGUUAGUGACUCUUAUCACCUCUAUCCAAAAUAUCUGGAAACGGUUAUUCCAUAUAUCAAACAAGGUAAGAUUGUGUAUGUAGAAGAUGUUGCUGAAGGACUUGAGAGUGGUCCGGCAUCUCUAAUCGGAUUGUUCACUGGCCGGAAUAUCGGAAAACAAUUGGUGGUUGUUUCUCGCGAAUGAUAUGAUUUUAGUGUAACGUAAAUGGACCUUUACAGACUUUGAGAGGGUUCAUGAGAAUGUGUGUUAGCCACAUUUAAUAAGUUGUUUACUACUUUUUGGUC